AUGACUAUCCACUAUCUCGAGGACGAACACUCCGCUCUGUUUCAGCCUUUGGCUAUUGCAAAUGGCGGAAUUACCCUCAGCCACCGUGUCGUCCAUGCGCCUUUGACCCGUAAUCGUGGAGUUCCGGAGAAGGAGAUCAGUACUCCCGAUGCUCCUAAUCGAGUUUGGAUUCCUGGGGAUUUGAUGGUUGAGUAUUAUUCCCAGCGCGCCACAGAAGGAGGUCUGAUCAUUUCAGAGGGUAUUCCACCUUCACUUGAGAGCAAUGGAAUGCCCGGUGUUCCCGGUCUAUUUACCCCCGAACAAACCAUUGGUUGGAAAAAGGUCGUCGAUGCCGUUCACGCAAAAGGGGCCUUCAUUUACUGUCAACUCUGGCACGCCGGAAGAGCCACAAUCCCCCAGAUGACUGGAUCCGCGGCUGUGUGUCCCUCGGCAAGCGUGUGGGACUCACCCACUGAAUGCUAUUCGCAUCCUCCUGUUGGCUCCACCGAGUACUUUUCCGUUCCAUACGCCAACCACCCACCUAUUGAAAUGACUGUUGACCAUAUCCAACGGACCAUCCAGGACUAUUGCAAGGCUGCCAAGACAGCUAUGGAAAUAGGGUUUGAUGGCGUGGAGAUCCACGCUGGUAAUGGAUAUCUUCCUGAGCAGUUCCUUAGUUCCAACAUCAACAAGCGCACGGAUACCUACGGAGGCUCUCCGGAAAAGCGCUGUCAGUUUGUUUUUGAACUAAUGGGGAAACUUGCAGAGACGAUUGGGGAACAGAAUUUGUCUAUUCGUCUUUCGCCUUUUGGAUUGUUUAAUCAGGCUCGUUCGGAGCAGAGGGUCGAGACUUGGACUUAUCUUUGUGAGGAAUUGAAGAAGACUCAUCCGACUCUUUCAUACGUUAGCUUUAUUGAGCCGCGCUAUGAACAAAUUUUCAGCGAGGAUGAGAAGGACGGGUUCCUGCAGAGUUGGGGUCUUAAGGAUGUUACUCUUGACCGAUUUCGGGAUAUCUUUGGCGAGACUCCAUUCUUUUCGGCCGGUGGCUUUGACAAUAAGAACUCUUGGGGUGUGAUUGAGUCUGGAAAGUAUGAUGGUCUUCUGUAUGGUCGAUACUUCAUCAGCAAUCCGGAUCUGGUGCACAGACUCAAGAGUGGCUUGCCUCUAGCUCCAUAUGAUCGAAGUCGAUUCUAUGGACCGUUCGAGGACAAUGCUAUUCACUACACGGACUACCCGUGCGCCGAUAAAUGA